AUGACUACUUCCCAAGCACUCAAUGUGGUGGGGCUAGACGCAGGGAGAUUGUCAUCCAACUCUGGAAGCGUCUCAGGUUCUUCAACCCGCAGCAUACUCAACUUACUGCCAUACGGGCCCGAUCUGACGGAAGCCUUUCGGGAGCUCAAAUCUCGGCUGAGACACCAAUCGUUUGAAUUAAACCCGUCAAAUCGCAACAAAUGGCUAGCAAAUCGAGAGCGCUUAGCGCGUCUUAUCUGGAACCAUACGGCCAAUCCAUAUCAGAUACGCCGCGACACGUCUUACGAAGCAAGCGAAAUCAAUGGCAGGCUGGUAGUCAUUAUUGGUUGCAAAUCACGAGAUGCCAGAGACCAAGUGCAAGAUAUCAUUGAAGGUUCUGGUGCCUUGCACUUUGUUCGAGAGACAUUGGGAUUUCAUGACAUUCGUGUUGACAUGAAGUUUAAGGGACAUCUGGCGAGAGGAUCAUUGGGCUCCGGUCGCAUCUCUGGUAAAUCUAAUCUUCAGAAGCGCCCCAUUCUGGGCAUGUCCAUGGAUCUUCCUACUUCAGAUAAUCGAGAUACUUACACUCCUACCACGCUGGGAGGUAUCAUCCUAGUGGAUGGAACUCCCUAUGCAUUGGCAGCUGGAUACGCAUUCAUGGAGAGAUUAGGAGGAAAACGUGAAGACGGGGAGAUGGUUGUCUGCUCAUACGGUGCCAGUGGAUUUGGCCGGCUGCCAAAAACAGCGCGAAGAAGCUUUGCUGCAGGUAACAAGGCCACCAGCUGGACGAACGGUAAAGACUGGGCACUAGUUUCCAUUCCUGUUGACAUGACCCCCCCCAAUACCAUUGUCAACGUUGAAAGUCUGGAAGACUGGCCAUGGACGCCAUCGUUAACAUCGCUCCACGCGUUUCCGCUUCUUAUCCAAAAGACAAUAGAUGAACAGGAGCUCGCCUUGCACAUGAGCAAGGAAGGAGGAUCGGUUGCUUGUCUUGCAUUCCCAAGGUCUUCCCCUACUCCUUGUGCAGGCUAUAUAGCCGCUGGUACAUCAGCUAUUAUCCUGAAUGGCACGAUGCACACCGUACUGAGAGUAGAUAUGCUUUCACCCCUUGAGUAUGGCGAUUCUGGAUCUUGGGUACUGGUUGGUAAUGCAGUAUGCGGAAUUAUCAUUGCUGGGACAGGCAGACCCGAUGAUUCCGGACUAAAAGAUGACGCGUCUGAAGAGAAGCUCGUCUUUUCGGCUUACGUGCUGCCAAUGAACGGAGUUAUGGCAAACAUCUCGGAUGCACUCCAUGUCGAAGUUUCUCUGCCAACUCUGGUCGAUCAUAGAAUAGACGUUCUUCGUCGCCAUACAAGCAAAUGGGACAUAUCUACUAAAGUCCUACCCCGAGCGCUAGAUAUGGAGCUUCUUCUUGGCCAACAAAAACAGGGAAGACGGGGACAUAAAGCCGAGCGUCUUCAAAUAGAUACUUCCGUCAUACACACCGCAAUACCUCGAUUCUAUCCUAAAAGGCUGAGCGGGCUAAGUCGUUUUAUCCUCGAGUCAAUUGGCCUUCACUGCGAAACCAUUCAGUUGCUCCUGCCCCUCGGCGAGUGCCUACAAACAGAAGCUGGAGAGAACUUGCUUGGCCUACUCAUCUUUCUAUGGAAGUCCCAAAGAAAAUUGCACAUUACCGUUAUGAGUAAAGCCCUUCAAACAAAACGACGCAUUGGUUGGAUUGCUCAACUACUAUGUUCACUUUUCAGAGUCAUGUCUAUAUCAAAGAUGAAUACGCCUAGCAUCCAGGAGCUUCAGUCAUUCAUUUAUUGCAUAAUAUCAGCUUUCAAGGAUAAGGAUCUCAAGCACCUUUAUCUCAUCCCAGGCGCCCGUUCUCGGAAAGCAAAAGCAUCAGCUUCAACAAGCCUCAUCUGGUUCGAUGCUCCCCCAUCUCGCUCCAACCUGUUUCAACGAGGAUCUCGCUUCGUAAGAAACUGGGUUUCGGGCUCGCACCAUGACGCCGCCAACCACAUAGGUGUCGACAGGGCAAUCGGCAAUCUACCAACAAUCUCCAACUCGUGGGACCAUAGCAUCGCAGCACUAAGCCGAGUUAUCGUGCUUUUGCAUACUAUUUACACCAGUACCAGGGAACAGGUUCUUGUCUGCUAUGGUAAGAAUGCGUCGUGGGUGGCAUUCUACGCAGAUAUGCUACUUGGCCUGGAUGUCAGUUAUCGAAUGAUGACCACCAAUGGAGCUCGCCCAAUAUCUCCAGAAUUCGCAAGAAUUAAUAAUAACAUGACAGGCGGAAGGCCAGAUGUGGUAGUAUACUUUGACGACCACGUUGAGUUGGCUGAGAUUUACGAGAUCGUCGACCGGGUUGAUGUCGGCCAAGAGCUAGUCACAGCCUAUACCCUUGAUCACAGCUAUCUCCCACCGGUGCCAACCCCAGCCCGAGAACCAAUUCUUGCCGCUCAAGAAAACAUAACUGAAUUGCCAGAAUCUGUGUUUUCUAGGGUUGGUCAAGUGAGACGUCUUAGAACUAGAGUCCACAAUCCAGAUAGAGAUAGUGGUUUUAGCGAUAUAGUUCGCCAUUUGGAAGAUCCUGUGUAG